AUGGACCAAGAACAAGCCCAGAGCAUUAGAGUCGCCGUCACUCAGUGUGAGCCUGCCUGGCUCGAUCUCCAAAGCAGUGUACAGAAAACCUGCGAUCUGAUCAAGGAAGCCCAGGAGCAUGGUGCGCAGUUGGUGGCAUUCCCAGAAGUCUGGAUACCUGGAUAUCCUGCAUGGAUAUGGAGUCGACCAGCAGAUCCGGAAUUGCAUGUCAAGUACAUGAAAAACUCGCUCGUCCUCGAAUCACCAGAGAUGAAGCAAAUCCAGGCCGCAAGUGCAGAGCAUGGCAUCUCAGUUUCUCUGGGCUUUUCUGAAAGAUCCGGCAACAGCCUCUUCAUCGCCCAGGUCACCAUUGAUUGUCAGGGCAAGAUUGUCUUGCACCGGCGGAAGAUGAAGGCAACACACAUGGAACGCACCAUCUUCGCCGAUGCUUGCGCCACUUCGCUCAAGAGUGUUGUGCAGCUCCCGUUUGCCCGCGUAGGAGCGCUCUCCUGCUGGGAACACUCCCUGCCGCUACUGAAGUACAAUACCCAUCUCCAGAACGAGCAAAUCCACGUCGGCGCUUGGCCGCCUUUGUUCAGUGGGUCUGACAAGGGUCAGCUAUGGUCGAUGUCUCGUGAAGGCUGCCGAACACUAUCUCAGGCAUAUGCCAUCGAGGCGGGAAGCUUUGUGCUUCAUACCACCGCGGUUCUUUCCAGAAAGGGCAUCGACCUCAUGCGAACGGAAUCCGGGAUAGUCAUGCAUACUCCGGGUGGCGGAUCUUCAGCAAUCAUAGGCCCUGAUGGGAGAAUCCUAUCCGCCGACUUGCCGGAAGAGGAGGAAGGUAUCAUCUAUGCCGACAUUGAUCUGGAUGAGGUCCUCAAGGUGAAGGGUUUUCUGGACACUUGCGGACAUUACAGUCGACCAGAUCUUCUCUGGCUGGGCGCAAACACAGAUCCUCGUCCGUUGAAAAGAGAUGUUUGA